UAUUACUCCUCUUCUCUUCCCUUUCUUCUUCCCCUGCACCAAACCAAAAAGACUUUGGCUUUUUCCCUCUCUUUGGCUUUAUUAAUUUAUUCCUCCCUCUAAAACUAGUAUUCACCCCUACGGAACAAUCACAAUCAUAUUACCCAAAGAAACAAUCAAAUAUUCAGGUUUAUGAACACAGAGAAAAAAGGGGAAGCAGAAAACGAAAUGGAGAAGAGCAGUGAUGGGUUUGUAAGAGCUGAUCAGAUUGAUUUGAAGAGUUUGGAUGAACAACUGGAGAAGCACCUUAACAGAGCAUGGACUAUGGAAAAGAAGAAACCAUUCGAUGAUUCGUGCAUUAAUUACACUACCGCCACCGCCACCGCCACUGCUGCUGCCCUCUCUUUAUCUUCCUCCGUCAAGCCCAAGAAAAGAUACGACUGGGAAAUUGACCCUUCCAAGCUUAUCAUCAAAAGUGUCAUUGCUCGUGGCACUUUUGGUACCGUCCACCGUGGCAUUUACGACGGCCAAGAUGUUGCCGUGAAACUACUGGACUGGGGGGAAGAGGGCCACAGAACAGAUGCUGAAAUAGCAUCACUAAGGGCAGCUUUUACUCAGGAAGUUUCAGUGUGGCAUAAGCUUGACCAUUCUAAUGUUACAAAGUUCAUCGGAGCAACCAUGGGCUCUUCUGGGCUAAAUGUACAAACAGAAAAUGGUCACAUUGGCAUGCCUAGUAACAUAUGCUGCGUCAUAGUGGAGUACCUUCCGGGCGGUGCAUUAAAAUCUUACCUUAUCAAGAACAGAAGAAAGAAGCUAGCAUUCAAAGUAGUUGUGCAGAUUGCACUUGAUAUGGCCAGAGGGUUAAGUUACCUUCACUCUGAGAAGAUUGUGCAUAGAGAUGUCAAGACAGAGAAUAUGCUAUUGGAUAAGACACGUACAGUAAAAAUUGCAGAUUUUGGGGUUGCUCGCGUUGAGGCCUCUAAUCCCAAUGACAUGACCGGGGAGACUGGAACCCUUGGAUAUAUGGCUCCUGAGGUUCUCAAUGGCAAUCCAUACAAUAGAAAAUGCGAUGUUUACAGUUUUGGCAUAUGUGUGUGGGAGAUCUACUGCUGUGACAUGCCAUAUUCUAAUCUCAGCUUCUCAGAAGUAACUUCAGCUGUGGUUUGCCAGAAUCUGAGACCAGAAAUUCCAAGGUGUUGCCCUAGUUCCCUUGCUAAUGUAAUGAAGAGAUGUUGGGACGCUAACCCUGACAAGCGGCCUGAGAUGAACGAGGUAGCAUCCAUGAUAGAGGCUAUUGAUACAUCAAAAGGCGGAGGAAUGAUUCCCGCUGAUCAACAACAGGGUUGUUUGUGUUUCCGAAAGUAUCGUGGGCCUUGAAGCUUGUAGCUCAAGCAGACAUGCAGAAGUAGGUAAAUUCUAUCUCAAUUUCCAAAUAUUUGACGAAGGAAGUGAACUUGCAGAGCCAGAAUAUUUUCGCGGUUCUAUUGGGAAGCUGUGUACAUGUAUUCUCUUGGUUGAUGUAACUAAAAGCUUAUACAUUCAUGUCUUCUUUUCCAUUUGUUUUCUUCCUUUUUUUUCUUUUUCCUUAUAAUAUAUCCAUUGUUUCUUUUCUUUUUUAUUUCUGGGAAAUUUUCAAAUAUGUCAUCAAGUUGGCUUCUGUAGGUUGGGUGAUGGAAUUGACACUGCUUUCUUCUCAUGUCAA